CACUUCCGAAUUGCAGUUUGACGGAUGCGCUGCGACGCUGCGUUUUGCGUUUUUGAUUUGAUGUUUGUGACUGAUGUUUUAUAAUUUUAGAUUGUUUGAGUGAAGUGUGGUAGAAGUUGUGAUUUGUGUUGUAAGAAUGAGAUCGGCCUAAUAUCGCGAUGUGUUGUAAAUAAAAUCAAAAACUUUUUAAAAUGAGCAUGUAAUGGACUGGUUUUUUAGUGUCGUAUAAUGCACUCUUUAUUAGUCACUGGACGAUUAAUAUCCAGAGCAUUUUGGAAUGGAAUCGCAAACGUUUCAGCUACAUCAGAUCCUAAUAUCCAUAGGAAACCAGAGUCCCAGCUAAUUUCAGCUGUCUGUGGCUUCUCUAAGGAGAGAAAAAUCCAAAGACUGAUCAAAGGGCAGUUCGGUGACGAUGCCUGGUUUACAGCGAAGUACAAAUCCGCUGAUGUUUUGGGUGUUGCAGAUGGUGUGGGAGGUUGGCGAGCGUAUGGCAUUGAUCCCGGUGAAUUUUCCCUACACCUGAUGAAAACCUGCGAAAGAUUAGUUAAAUUAGGUAUUUUUACACCGACGAAUCCCUCAGAACUUUUAGCGAAAAGUUAUUACGAACUGUUACAUCAUAAGAAAGCUAUUUUAGGGGAAAAGAAACGCCUUCGAUUUACGUAUGAGGACGAUAUAGUUUUAUUAAGAGAAGUUGUUUCGCGAAAUCCUUUUCAGAAUAGUGACAUGUGGGAAGAAGUAAAGACCAGUGUCUUUCAAGUUACAAAAAAACUCUUUAGUAUUAAAACUAUUCGCCAGCACAUUCAGCUACUAUUGGAUCAAUGGAUCGAAAAAGAAAAAAAUAAUCAAAAAAGUUCAGGAGUUGAAGAGCCCUAUUCAGAAAGGGAUGUGCUACUUCAAGAAGUAAAAGAUUUUGUGGAAGAAGACAAACAAAUAAAAUGUACCAAACUACAAAAUAAAAAAGCGCAGAAGAUGAUAACUGAAUCUGCAAAAGAAUUGCGAACCGAAAUGGCUGUCUCUUUUUAUGAAGCCAAUAUAAAUAAUUCUAUCAUUGAUCACAAUUAUGUCUCAAAUUCUCAAGUCAUAAUUGAAGAAUGUGAUAUGAAUGAAGACUUUGAAAUGGCUUCUACCUCUAAUAAAAAUAAUGGUCAACCUUCCAAUUCUAUAUUAGUGGAUGAAAUUGCAAAUGAAACCCCCAGAAAAAAAUUAUGCCCCAACAUCAAAAACGUUUUGGGCCCUAUAAGAAAAAGAGCCAAAAAAACUACAUAUAUGAGGAAAACGGGUUUAGAUUAUUUAAAAGAAAAAAAUUCAAAGGAACUGGAACUAGAAGAAAAGCGCCUAAAUAUAGAAGAAAGAAAAGUUACAGUAUCUGAAAGGAGCAUUGCUUUGGCAGAAAAAAAAUUCGAGUUUGAAAGAAGCAGUACCGCUUGCGUGGUCGUCCUCAACAGAGACAACAACACACUGUACACUGCCAACAUAGGCGACAGCGGUUUCAUGGUGGUGCGCAAAGGCAAAGUCAUCCGAAGGUCCGAGGAGCAACAGCACUACUUCAACACCCCCUUCCAGCUGUCGUUACCUCCGCCCGGCUAUAGGCAGGAAGUACUGAGCGACAGACCGGACGCCGCCAUGACGGAUAAUAUACCUGUCGAAGACGGAGAUGUCCAAGGCGAAAGAUGCGCGGGCCGUCUUCAAAUGGUAGCUAAUUCCUUAGCGUGGAUGGCCAGGAAUCUUUCAUUUGAUGAAACUUUCAUAUCGCCUUUCGCUGAAAGUGCUUUUGCAAAUGGUAUUAAUACAAUAGGUGGUAAACCGGAUGACAUCACUGUCGUUUUGGCAACAGUCGCAAUAUGAAGCCUUAGAAAAGUAAUUAGUCAAUGGUAAACGUUGCUCGUUCUUCCACCUCCCCCCCCCCCCUCCCAAAAAAAACUGUUUAGAAGAUCGCGAUUCACUUAUUGCAUUUCACUGUUAGAGUGUAACACCAUUACCAUUUAAAAUACAAAUGUGAUUCCUUGUUUUAAUUUUUUUGUUGAUAUUUUGGGUGUUUCUAGUUUUAGUUGUCAUCAUUGCUCAUAAUUCACCUUGUUCAGUCAUUAAUAUAUUUAUUUUGUUCCUCAUUUUGUAAGUUAAUUAAUAAUAAAUCAUCUCAUUUCUAUUAUUGUUCUCGCUAUAUGUUUUAAUGUCUAACUGUUCAUCCUUUACUCGAAAUCCUUGAAAACACGUCAAAUGGCUUUGUUCAAAUCGUUCCUAAAUUUUCAAAUGGAUUUUUUAAAUGACAUUGAGAAAAGCUGAAAUAACUGUACACAUACAUACCAAUUAUGAAGAUUUAACUAUUUUAUUUACAAGCCAUGAAGUUAUCUGCAUUAUAUGUCAAAAUGUAAUCCUCCUUAACAUUUUGUGCGCUGUAACUCAUUUUGUAGCACUCCGCAUGAUCUGAAACUUGCUCUUGUCAACGCUUUUUUCG